AUGGGUGACUGGAGUUUCUUGGGCAACAUCCUCGAGGAAGUAAAUGAGCAUUCGACGGUAAUCGGUAGGGUGUGGCUCACGGUCCUCUUCAUCUUCCGAAUCCUCAUCUUGGGCACAGCUGCAGAAUUUGUGUGGGGCGACGAGCAAUCGGAUUAUGUAUGCAACACGCAGCAGCCGGGUUGCGAGAACGUUUGCUACGAUGAGGCCUUUCCCAUCUCGCACAUCCGUCUGUGGGUGCUCCAGAUCAUCUUUGUUUCCACACCCUCAUUAGUGUACGUGGGCCAUGCCGUGCACCAUGUACACAUGGAGGAGAAGCGCAAGGAACGGGAAGAGGCUGAGCUCAACCGGCAGCAAGAGAACGAGGAGAGGCUGCCGCUGGCGCCCGAUCAGGGAAGUGUCCGUACGGCCAAAGAGACAAGCACAAAGGGCAGCAAGAAGUUUCGUCUGGAGGGCACUCUUUUGAGGACCUAUAUCUGCCACAUUAUCUUUAAGACUCUCUUUGAGAUCGGCUUCGUGGUGGGUCAGUACUAUUUGUACGGCUUCCGAAUCUUGCCGCUCUACAAGUGCAGCCGUUGGCCGUGCCCAAACACGGUUGAUUGCUUUGUCUCAAGACCUACAGAGAAAACCGUUUUCAUCAUCUUCAUGUUAGCCGUGGCCUGCGUCUCACUGUUCCUCAAUUUUGUGGAAAUCAGCCAUUUAGGCUUAAAAAAGAUCCACUUUGUGUUCCGUAAGCCAGUACGGCCGCAAGUCGAGGGACCAGGAGCGGCCGAAAAGGCAUUGCCUUCUAUAGCUGCCUCCUCCAUCCAGAAAGCCAAAGGUUACAAGUUAUUGGAGGAGGACAAAUCCACAUCACACUUCUUCCCUCUGACUGAGGUUGGGGGGAUGGAGGCUGGACGCCUGCCGGCUUCAUAUGAGCCAUUUGAGGAAAAAUCUGACGAGGCCAUGGCACCUAAGAAAGACAUGUCUAAGAUGUAUGACGAAACGCUGCCCUCUUACGCCCAGACGACCGUGAUUGGACCGAGUGCAUCGUCAGGAAUUCUGCGCAGGGAUGAAGAUGAGGACGAGUUGGCUGUGGAGGCAGACGUGGAGGCCAGCGAGACGAUAGAAGACACACGACCGCUCAGCAGCCUGAGCAAAGCCAGCAGUCGUGCAAGGUCAGAUGACUUGACGGUAUAA